AUGGACAAUCUUUACUUGAAGGGUGAGUUAUUACAAGUUUAUACAAAGAAUUUCGAAGUGAUUGAGGGUCGUUUUUAUGAAAUGAAUUUGGAUAAGUCCAGAUUAUCUUUGUAUAAUGUAAAGGAAUUACCACAAAGCGAUCCCACCGAAGGCGUUUGCCAUUAUUAUAAUUCAGAAAUAAGAAAUAUUGUCAAAUUGCAAGAAAAUGAUGAGCAAAAACACUUGAAGAUCUCACAGAAAGAAUGUGAGGAAAUUAUUAAAAUCUCAAAAAAAUACAUAUAUAUAAAUCAAGUGGAUAAUGCUUUCCAUGAGGCAUUAGAAGAUUUGAAUCAAUGUGAUUAUAUUGCUCUCAGUACCGAUUGUGCAAAUAAGGGUAGGAAAUGGAAAAUGCCGUUUCUAGUAUUGGCUACACCUUACCAGAUUUAUAUAUUUGAUACUAAAGUGAUGCAAUAUCAUGCAUUUGAUGCUGGCCUAAAGAAACUAUUAGAAAGUGAGGUACCAAAAAAGAUUGUCCAUGACUGUAGGAAGAUAUCUGAUUGUUUAUAUCAUAAGCAUAAUGUUAAGCUGAAGUCGGUAUUUGAUACUCAGGUGGGAGACUUAAUUAUCAUGAAAAACAGAAACGGCUGUCUACCAAAUAAAGUCAGAACUCUAUCAAAAUGUUUGAAUGCUUACCUUGGGCUAAAAGUUAACACAAUUCAUGAAAUAUUGGAUGUGGAAUUGUGCAACCAGCGUCCAUUAGCAGUGAAGAUAAAAGAAACACUUGCUAAAAACAUUGCAUAUCUGCAUCGUCUAUCUGAAGUAAUCAAUGAUGAAAUGGCACUACCCUUUCUGAGGGGAGUACAAUGUUAUGUAGAAAAUCUAAGAGCCUGUGAUGACUACAAGGCCUGGGAGCUUUGUGGAAAAGAUCAGCAGCCGCCAAAGGAUUUUAAAAGUGCAAUUGAGUAUUAAAUUUAUUUAUAAGACAUUCCACAAUAAAGUGUAGAUAUAGA